GCAGCGGGCCUCAGGUGUCUAGGCCUCCGGGUCCCUGGGGGACUCUCAGGUUGAAGCCUUGCCAGAAUCUGGGCAGAGGCUCCAGAGCUUCUCCCAGACCCUGCUGCUCUACACCGCUGGAAACCACGCUUCAUCGCAGCAUGGCCACCAGCCUUAGUGCAGACAGUCCACAGCAGCUGAGCUCGCUGUCUACCCAGCAGACCACUCUUCUGCUACUCUUCUCCGUCCUGGCCACCGUGCACUUAGGCCAGUGGCUGCUGCGACAGUGGCAACGGAAACCGUGGUCCUCGCCCCCAGGUCCCUUUCCUUGGCCACUGAUCGGAAAUGCGGCGGCCGUUGGCCAGGCGUCGCACUUGUACUUCGCUCGCCUUGCAAGGCGCUAUGGCGACGUUUUCCAGAUCCGUCUGGGCAGCUGUCCCGUGGUGGUGCUGAAUGGAGAGAGUGCCAUCCACCAGGCCCUGGUGCAGCAGGGCAGCAUCUUCGCGGACCGGCCGCCCUUCGCCUCUUUCCGUGUGGUGUCUGGUGGCCGCAGUCUGGCGUUCGGCCACUACUCUGAGCACUGGAAGACGCAGCGACGCUCGGCCUAUAGCACGAUGCGUGCCUUCUCCACGCGCCACCCGCGCAGUCGCGGUCUCCUCGAGGGCCACGCGCUGGCAGAGGCUCGAGAAUUGGUGGCAGUACUGGUGCGGCGCUGUGCCGGCGGCGCCUUCCUCGAUCCAACGCAGCCGGUCAUUGUGGCAGUGGCCAACGUCAUGAGCGCUGUGUGCUUCGGCUGUCGGUACAACCACGACGAUGCCGAGUUCCUAGAGCUGCUCAGCCACAAUGAGGAGUUUGGGCGCACAGUGGGUGCGGGCAGCCUGGUGGAUGUGCUGCCCUGGCUGCAGCUAUUUCCCAACCCGGUGCGCACCACCUUCCGCGAGUUCGAGCAGCUCAACCGCAACUUCAGCAACUUCGUCCUGGACAAGUUCCUGAGGCACCGCGAAAGCCUGGUGCCCGGGGCUGCUCCUCGAGACAUGACGGACGCCUUCAUCCUCUCCGCCGAAAAGAAAGCGUCUGGGGCCCCUGGCGACGAUUCCUCCGGGCUGGACUUGGAGGAUGUGCCUGCCACUAUUACGGACAUCUUCGGAGCCAGCCAGGACACCCUUUCCACCGCGCUGCUGUGGCUGCUCAUCCUCUUUACCAGAUACCCGGAUGUUCAGGCCCGCGUGCAGGCUGAGUUGGACCAGGUUGUGGGGAGGGACCGCCUGCCCUGCAUGAGUGACCAGCCCAACCUGCCAUAUGUCAUGGCUUUUCUUUAUGAAUCAAUGCGAUUCUCUAGUUUUUUGCCUGUCACCAUUCCACACGCCACGACCGCCAACACCUUUGUUUUAGGUUACUACAUCCCCAAGAAUACGGUGGUUUUUGUUAACCAGUGGUCUGUGAAUCAUGAUCCAGCCAAGUGGCCUAACCCAGAGGACUUUGAUCCAGCCCGCUUCCUGGACAAGGACGGCUUCAUUAACAAGGCACUAGCCAGCAGUGUGAUGAUAUUCUCAGUGGGCAAACGGAGGUGCAUCGGCGAGGAGCUGUCUAAGAUGAUUCUGUUUCUCUUCAUCUCCAUCCUUGCUCAUCAGUGCAAUUUCAAGGCUAACCAAAAUGAGUCCUCAAACAUGAGUUUCAGUUAUGGCCUGACCAUUAAGCCCAAGUCGUUUAGAAUCCACGUGUCUCUCAGAGAGUCGAUGGAGCUCCUGGAUGAUGCUGUUAAAAAGCUGCAAACUGAGGAAGCCUGCAAGUGAGAGGCCGGAGGGAGCUGGAAUGUUUAAGGAAGACCCAUCUCAUUAACUGGGGAGGAAAUAGAUUUUUCCCCCCAGCUUCAUUUUGGCUUCAGCUCUCAGCAGUGAAUGGAAACCAAGUGGUCUGAAGGUGGGGCAUGCUCACCAAUUCACGGCUCCUCUUGGACCUGUGCUGGAGUUCCUGGAAGUAUUUUGGAAUUGAAGAGCAAAAGGGGCCAAGGAAUUUGGAGCCUGUUGUUUUUUGGGUUUUGUUUUUGUUUUUCACCUAAACACAUGCACACAUAUCAACAUGUAUGCACAACUAUCUAAGAAAGUAUUUCAGUAAUUCUGCCUUUUGGGGUAGAUUUGUGAGGGAACUUCUAUGUGCAGAAAUUGACCCCACAGGAAACUGCAGUAAGCAAAGGCUUAGGAUAUACUCAAGAUUCAAAGACAUGUGAUUCGUGUAAAAGGUAAAAACCGGAAGUCCUCUUACCAAGAGACAGCUUGCUUAGAAAAAUGCUUCAACUCCUUUAUAGCCCUGGAUGAGGCUUUCUGCCUGCCUGUAGAUGGGCCUCCCACUUUAGAAUGGACCAUAAAGUCAGUUGUCCCCUAAGAAUUUAUGGCUGAUUUAACAACUGCAGUAGGUUUUAGAGAUUAGCGAAUUUAAAGGUAAAUUGUUUAGGUGGCAAAAAAUGUUUAUAAGUUAAAGCCGAACCUCAUUUGGGUGCUCAGAUGAAGUAUUCCAGUUAUAAGAGAGAAAAAGAUUUGCCAGGCUAGCUUAUGGUUUCAAGUUUGGGAUUGUAAUGAACUGGUUUCGGUAAUAAGUCUGAUAAACUAAAAACGGAACCCCGUGUUCCCAAAUAGUACUCAAUGCAUAUUAAAUUGUACACAAUUGCUCAUAAACAUCAUAUGAAUAUUAACUAUUCAAUCAGGAAAACACUUGAAUAAUAUAUUUCUUAUGUCAUAUUGCAAACCAAAAGGUAUAAUCAGUUGAGUGGAAUUUGCCCCAUUCCAGGAAAUGAGCCUGACUAAAUCAAUCCGUUUUGACAUCAGGAAACUGAGUAACAGAACAGUCUUUUCUUAUUUAUAGUUCAUACAAGGGACAAAUCUCAAAACCAAACCAGCAAAAUAUGUUCUGAUCUGGUAAUUGUAGUUACAACACGGAUGCUUCUUUUGGAAUUGACCCCAUUAAUAGGUUAAACUUACAAAUUCUUGGCUUGCUUCGAUUUUUAAAUUAGUUUAAAAUCCAUCUUGAUUAUUUCGUUCCAGUUGAAGCUAGAGAAAAUAUGAUCAUUAUCUCGCAGAAGGUGAGAAACCUAACCUUUGCCUAAGAACAAAUGCCAAAUGCAAAAAUAAAUAAAUAAUAAAUAAAUAAAGGCCAUGAAUGUUCUGGGUGUUCGGUAGAGACCAUAUGAUAGGAAACUCACUACAACCAGUAAUUGGUCGUUUCUUUUUCCGUGUUCUUACUAUUGUUGUUGUAGUUGUUUUUUAAGUUGAGUAUUAAGGUCUGUGUGUCUUUUGUUUUUGUUUUUAAAGUCAGAAUCUGAAGAUUGUCUUGGGAGGCUGUUUAACAACUGCUUCUUGAGACAGCAGAGACGCCUAAAAUUGGUUCUUUUAUUUAGGAUGGCACACCACGAUGAGCAGCCACAAGCUGAGAGAGGAGGAAUACAGUAUUCGGAUUAUGUAAACAAUCCGAAAGCCCUUUGAGAAGGGUUGGAUGGGUGGAAAAGUGGGGACAGGGCCCGUGGGGGGUUUCCCAUUUCUGUUUUCAUUGUGAUUAGCCUGAACAAAAGAAGCCCUCAGCACUCAGAGAGCUUACUGCUGGCUCUGUUUCAUUAGGCUUCUUGGAAUUUUCGUAUCAAAAUUACAAAGGAAGGGGUGUGUGAUGCUCUCUGUGUGCAGAGGCCAGAGGCUGCAAGACAGAGAAAGCAUGAGGAGAAGAGAGAUGUCUAAAUGGUCCCCAUUCACUCCAAAUUAGUUUCCUGAAGUAUAAAAUUUGAGGCAUGAAUGUUUAGACAAAAGGAGUUUUGAGUGGCAGGCUUUACCUUCAAGUGUCUCUUAAGAGUGGCUGGAGCCCUGGCCCUUUCCUCCUAUCUCCCCCAUCUAUUUUGUGGUUGGAAGUUGAAUUAUAAAAAAUACAAUGUAAAAUUUAAAUUUCUCCACAACAGAACCCCUUGAAUGUGAUACACAGGUUGUGUCAGUAUUUUAAAGGCCUUAAUUUCAACAAAAAUUAACUCUAUUCAAUAAUUUUUAAGUUUUUCAGACAUUUUAAAAGCAUGCACCUUAGUAAGACUGGGACGGUGAUUUGAGCUUCCAUGGCCGUUUUACUAUGAGAAAUUUACAAUAGUGAAAGUCUUCAUGUAUCCGUCUGGACUCCUUAUUAAACCAACCAGACCUGGAUGUUUUGUGAAUGUCGGGGUCAUUUUCAUCUGAUGGUUUCAGCAAAGGAGAAAGUAGAGGGGGCUACUUUGUUUACUAUAUUUAGAACCUAGUGAAAGGAAGAAGGGUGCAAGCCAGGAAAGAGUAAUAAUUGUCAUAUUUGGAAGCUCGAAUAGAUUGCAGGCUUAGUCAGAAAGCCUGCUUUUGUUUCUGCCACAGAGCGACUUCUUUUGCUGGUCACCAUGUUCAUCAGCGUAUCUACUUCAGGCCAGUGCGGCAGAAGCAUGUCUCAUUAAAUGCCUCAUCUGCACAGUAAAGCUUGGUCUCUGUCAGAGCGUUGCUUUUCUCCCCAAAACAGAAACAGACGCCUCAGGUGUGUUUGAUGGAUUAAUCACAAGAGCUCAUGCCCCAGAACUUAGCCUUGACUGUGAAAUAUUAGCACACUCUUAUAUAUUCCCACCAGGGCUGUACUGGAUUAAGCAGAUAGAUCACCAUGUAUGCUAAUUAGUAUGUUUUUAGCUGUGACACAGUUGUAUGGUAAAAGGUGUAUGUUACCAGGUGAUAAUAACCCAGGAAUAACUCCCCAUUUAGCUGUUUCUUGUGUUAUUGUACUUUGUCAUAUAUGUUCUUAACAUGUAUAUAGCUGAUACAGUGCACACAGAUCCUCCGUACACAGAGUUAACUAACAUGCAGCUUCUACCUUUGAUAUACCACAAUUUAAAAUGUUCUCUCUUCAUUAUCUCUCAUGAAACAUUGUUACCUAAACAAUAAAA